CUGUCAAAUACUCUCAAUUUUGUUUAUUGUAAGCGGGGGUUUAUAACUUUACAACUUAUAUUGUUUUUUACAAAUUGGGCUUGCUUUUUACUCAUAAUAUACACAUUAAUUGUUAUUUUAUACAUUUCCAUUCCAUUCGUUGACGUUAUGAAGCGUAAAACUUCGAGAAAGUCGCAACAACCCGAGGAUAACGGCGUCGGCUCUGAGGAUAACGAACACAAUCUGGAAGAGCAAGAGCCUCUUUCGCAGGACGACGAGGAUAAACCGCUGGAAAAGCGAAGAAAAUCCAGCAAAUCGUCCAAGAAGUCCCAAAAGAAACAGUCCAAAAAUGGCGAUACCGAGAGCAAGAAACCUGAAAAGAAACCCGAAAAUUCCGAUGGAGAAGAAAACGCUUCGAACGCAGAAGAAGAGGAGUCUCAAUACGAGGUAGAAAAAAUAUUGGGCGAGAAAGUGAUCAAAGGAGUCCGACAUUUUCUGAUCAGAUGGAAGGGAUACGAAGAGGAGAGCGACACCUGGGAGCCCGUCGACACUCUAUCCUGCAACGAUCUGAUAAAAGCCUAUCGAGCCAAGAAAAAAUCCAGCCCGAAAACCAACAAAAAACCCUCCAAACCCAAGGACACAAGCGACGAAUGGGACGAAAACGAGGACUUUGAGGUCGACAAAAUCCUCGACGUGCACUUUUGCAAAGACGGCAAACGGGAGUUCCUGGUCUCUUGGAAGGGCUACAGCAUGAAAGAGAGCUCCUGGGAGCCCGAGGAGAACAUGAGCUGCAAGGAAUUGAUCGCCAAGUUCAUGCAAAAGGUGGAACACGCCAAGAGUCUGACUGAAAAGGAGCUGCGCGUCAACAGGAAGCACGUACAGCGUUUGACGUACAACUCGCCAGAAGGAGGCCGCAGGUUGAGCAAACGGAUGAGCGGCAAAGAAAGAGUGCAAUAUCAUGAUACCGAUUAAACCGGUCGGUAUAUUUAAGAAUCUAAUUUUUUUUAUUUCAUUUAUUUAGUUGGAUGAUAUAUAAUAUAUAUUACUUUUUGUGUUUAUGUGGAUUGAGUAAAUAAAUAACUUUAUACGUGUGCGAG